GGCUGCUCUUAUAUAGCUUAGUGUCCUGUGGUUGUGUUUAUAACAGCGAGAAGCCUUGGACGGAGUGUAGUCAAAUUCAACAUGGAGGACUCACGCAAUAUUAGUGAACCUCUUGCGGCUAAAAGCUCCCAACUAAAUGAUAUUACGACUUCACCAGAAGAAAAUAAUGUGAAAAAAUCUAUAACGAGUGAAGAUAACUUUGUAGGUGAAAAGACAAGUUUUAUCGAGAACGAGAGUCGAGAACAAAAGCCAGCUGAUGAACACACAUCUUUGGAAGUGGAAAAUGGAACGGACAUGUUAGAUCCAGUUUCAAGUGGAGAAAAAAGUGAAACGAGGGAAACGAGUAGUAAUAAAUUAAAUGAAUUGACAACACAGGAACAGUCUACAACAGAAACACCGAAUAGGGUUUCCUUAGAAUCAGAGAAACGCGAAAAUUUGCUCUCUGAUAAUAUUGAUCAGGAAGAGAGUGCUGCUAGUACCAAGGAAAACCAACAAGAAGCAAAUCCACCGGAGCUUUCCCACACCCAGUCUGAAAUUAAUAGCAGUCCCAAGAGUUCACCAGUUGAACAUGACCAUGGAAGUCACAGAUCACCCGACAGAAAGAGCAAGGAUGAAUACAGGAAGAUUAAGAGUGAAGUGACAGGGGAAGGAGAAACAUCAGAGAGUGAAGGCGAAGAAAAAGAUUCUGAUCAAUCUCAGGACACUUGGAUGGAUAUUUUAGGGAAUGGGCUACUCAAGAAAAGGGUGUUACGUCAAGGAAAGGGUCAGGAUACUCGGCCAGACAAGGGGCAACGUGUUACUAUACAGGUUGCUGGCCGUACAGAGGAUGGGACAGGUGUUGAUUGGAACAGCAGUCUCGAAUUUAUCCUUGGAGAAGGAGAGGUUAUUCAAGGUAUUGUGUACACCAAUGAUGCUACAUUCAUUUUGCUUACCUUAGUUUGAAGCCAUCAUAUCACAAACGUUAAUUACUGCUUUCCAGUGGUGUGGAAAUUCAGAAAUAGUUUUCAAAGUGACUUAAAAUAUAAGUGCUGCUCACUUGGAUGGGUUGAAUACAGGGAAGACACAGAAUCCUCCCGGUUAGUGCACUGGAAAUUGGUAAAAAAGGAAAGGAAUUAAAUGGUUG